AUGUCUGCCGAGGAGGAUCUCAUCGACUACUCCGACGAGGAGCUCCAGCCCACCGAGGGUACCGCGACUGGCAACGGCGCCGCCGCCGGCUCCAACGGCGCGGCCAAGAAGGGCGAUCUUUCUGUGUCUGGCGCAGGUGCCGACAAAGGCAAAGGCAGUUAUGUCGGUAUCCACUCUACCAGCUUCAGGGACUUUCUCUUGAAGCCCGAACUUCUCAAGGCCAUCACGGACUGCGGUUUCGAGCAUCCAUCAGAGGUCCAGCAAGUAUGCAUUCCGCAAGCCAUCUUGGGAACAGAUGUCCUCUGCCAAGCCAAAUCUGGAUUGGGAAAGACCGCCGUGUUUGUGCUCUCGACUUUGCAACAAAUUGAGCCCGUCAACGGAGAAGUCAGCGUCCUUGUCAUGUGCCAUACCCGCGAGUUGGCUUUCCAGAUUCGCAACGAAUACCAGCGCUUCAGCAAGUACAUGCCUGAGGUCAAGACCGCCGUCUUCUACGGUGGUACCGAUAUCAAAGACAACGAGAAGCUUCUCCGUGACAAGGAGACGCACCCGCACAUCAUCGUGGCGACACCGGGACGUCUCAACGCUCUCGUUCGCGACAAGAAGCUUCGUCUAGGCAGCGUUUCUCGCUUCGUUCUCGACGAAUGUGACAAGAUGCUCGAUCAAGUUGACAUGCGCCGCGAUGUGCAAGAGAUUUUCCGUGCGACUCCCACCCAAAAGCAAGUCAUGAUGUUUUCUGCCACGCUCUCCGCCCAAACCCGACCUGUGUGCAAGAAGUUCAUGCAGAACCCCCUCGAGAUUUACGUCGAUGACGAGACCAAGCUCACACUGCACGGUCUUCAACAAUACUACGUCCGCCUCUCCGAGGCUGAGAAGAACCGACGUCUCAACGACUUGCUUGAUGAGCUGAUGUACAACCAAGUCAUCAUCUUCGUCAAGAGCACCGUCCGUGCCACCGAGCUCGACCGACUUUUGCGCGAGUGUAACUUCCCGUCCAUUGCGGUACACUCUGGUGUCAGCCAGGAGGAGCGUAUCAAACGCUACACCGCCUUCAAGAACUACGACAAGCGAAUCUGUGUCAGCACCGAUGUCUUCGGCCGUGGUAUCGACAUCGAGCGCAUCAACCUCGCCAUCAACUACGAUAUGCCCGACUCUCCCGCCAACCCUGGCGCUUCGGACAAGGACUCCGUCGCCCAGGCCGCCGACACUUACCUCCAUCGUGUCGGUCGCGCUGGUCGUUUCGGUACCAAGGGUGUUGCUAUCAGCUUCGUCAGCUCCGAGCGCGACGAGCAGGUCCUCAAGUCCAUCGAAGCGAGAUUCGAGAAGAAGGUUGACGAGUACCCCGAGGGUGGCAAGGGCGUCAACGUCAAGGGCGACGAGUAA